AUGGAAGAAUUGGGUAUGGAGUAUUUCCGCAAUCUAUUAUCAAGGUCAUUUUUUCAACAACCAAGCAUGGAUAAAUCGCGAUUUGUGAUGCAUGACCUCAUCAGUGAUUUGGCUCAAUCAGUUGCAGGGGAUACAUGCUUUAGAAUGGAAGAUAGAGUUUGCAAUGGUAAACAAGAGAAUAUUCUUGGAAAGGCUCGCCAUUCAGCUUAUUUGGGUGGCCUUUAUGAUGGUACUAAAAAGUUUGAGGUUUUUUCUAAAUUCAAACAUUUACGUACCUUCUUACCUCUUAUGCUACCAUAUCCUGGAUACUGUUAUUUGACUUUUCAUGUUCCUCUUCAGUUGUUACCAAAAUCACGAUGGUUAAGAGUGCUCUCUUUGAAUGGGUAUUGCAUAACUGAGAUAUCAGAUAAAAUUGGAGAUUUGAAGCAUCUACGGUACCUUGACCUUUCUUACACUCCAAUCACAAGCUUGCCUGAAUCAAUAACUACUCUUUACAACUUACAAACAUUGAUAUUGGAGAAAUGUACUUAUUUGAAGAGAUUACCUUUAACAUUUGAGAACCUUGUCAACUUGCGCCACCUCAAUAUUCUAGAUGCAUACUCAUUGGAAGGAAUGCCUCCAAAAAUUUGUAAAUUAACAUGUCUCCGAACAUUGUCUAAUCUAAUUGUGGGAGAAGGCAGUUGUUCUGGGAUAAAGGAGCUAGGGCCUUCGUCAAAUCUUCGAGGGACUCUUUGUAUUUCGAGAUUGGAGAAUGUGAUGGAACCAUGGGAUGCAAGGGAUGCCAAUUUGAUUGGUAAGCCCAAUCUUAGGGGCUUUUCAUUGGAAUGGAGUGAAGACAUUGAUGAGUCACGAGAAUUAGAGGUACUCAACAUGCUACAACCUCACAACAAUUUGAAAGAGCUCACUAUUGAGUGCUAUGGGGGUAUAGAAUGUCCAACUUGGUUAGGAUGUCCUUUAUUUCCUAAUAUGGUGAUCUUGAUAAUUGAAAAUUGUGAAAAGUGCACAUCAUUGCCGGCAAUCGGACAACUACCCUCGCUAAAUGUCCUUUCGAUUGGAGGCAUGGCGAGUGUGAAGAAUGUUGGUCCUGAGUUUUGUGGGGAUGGCUCCUCACAACCUUUUAGAUCCUUGGAGACUUUGCAUUUCAAAGAUAUGAAGGAAUGGGAGAACUGGAUUCCUUGUGAAGAGUUUCCAAAAUUACGUGAGCUCUUACUUAGAGGUUGUCCCAGGCUACUAGGGAAGUUACCAAACCACCUUCCUUUGCUAAACAUUGUUGUGAUAUAUGGUUGUGGACAGUUAGUUGUUUCAAUUUCAAGCUUUCCAGAGCUUUGUGAAUUAACAAUUGAGAGAUGGAAAGGGAUGAUGGUGUGCGGAGGAAAGGUUGACUUUAACUCACUCUAUUUCGAGUCUCUUUCUACAAUUUCAGAAUUCACUGGUCGAAUAGAAGGAUUUAAUAAUGAUGUGCUGAAAACUGUAGAAAACUUAACCAUCUCAGAUUGUGAGGAACUGACGUGUUUGUGGCCAAAUGAUGUGGGAUCCCUACCACAUCUCCCACGUCUUUGUGUUUUGAAGAUUGAUGGUUGUCCAAAACUAGUUUCUUUGGUAGCAAAUGAAGUAGAAGAGCAGCUACAACAGGGUAUUCCAUCCACACUCAGAGAGAUAGAGAUAUAUAAUUGCAAAGCCCUGGAAUCUUUACCAAAGACAAUGAUGUACCACUACAGGUGUCUUGAGUAUAUUUAUCUUAAUGGAUGUGAUAUUUUGACUUGCUUUGCAAAAGGCCAACUACCUCCAACUCUAAAGCAACUUAAAAAAGACAAUUGCAAGAAUAUGCAGAUUUUGUUAGAGGACAAUGAUAACAAUAAUUGUAGCAGCAGCACAUCUCUUCUUGAGAACUUGGACAUUUGGGGAUGUCCAUCCCUUGAAUCCUUAAUAUCAAGCGGAGUGUUACCGGCAACACUUAAACAAUUGCUUGUUUACAAUUGUCCAAAGCUACAAUCAAUAGCAAAGGGGUUGCAUCAUUGCUUGUUUCUUGAAUGCAUUGUCAUCUUGAACUGCGAAAACCUUAAAUCCUUACCCACAGGCAUACAAAAUCUCAGUCAUCUAGAUCGGAUUGACAUUAGUAGUUGCCCAGCUCUUGAUUUCUUCACAGAUGGAGAGUUGCUGCCUGCAAACCUAAGAGUGCUUAAGAUUUCCAACAAUAAGAAAAUGCAAGCUGUGCCCAACUGUAUACACAAAUUAGGCUCUCUUCAAGAAUUGGAAAUAUUGAAAUGUCCAGUGGUAUCAUUUCCCAAAGAAGGUUUUCCCACCAACCUAACAUCACUCAAAAUCUCUCAUCUCAACAUCACCCAGGGCUUGUUUGAGUGGGGAUUGCAUAAGCUUACUUCUCUUGAACUACUUCAAAUUUGCGGUGGAUGUUCGCACCUGGUGUCCUUUCCAAAUAUGAAGUUGCCUGCCACUCUAAGAAGGCUCAACAUCUCACACUUUCUGAAUCUGGAAUACCUGUCCUCCGAGGGCCUUCGAAACCUUAUCUCGCUUGAAGAACUUGAAAGAGGACAGUGUGAAAAGCUUACAUCCUUUCCAGAGAAUGGCUUGCCUCCCUCACUCUUGAAACUUUGUAUUGUCAAGUGCGAGAAGUUCAUGUCAUUUCCAAAGAAUGGUCUGCCUCCCUCACUCUUGGAACUUUAUAUCUCUAAAUGUCCUCUGCUGGAAGAAUGCUGCAAGAAAGAUCAAGGAAGUGUCUGGUUAAAGAUAGCUCACAUCCCUUAUGUUCAAUUUGAUAGUGAUUACCUGUAG